CGAGUCAAAGCGCCAAGAGUAUUUGUCAGCGCCCAUUUGUCCAUCAACGCGCGCGACAGUGCCGUUGCGCCAGAAUUGCCGAGCCACGGCUGAAGCAGAUGGUACAAGCUUUGUGGAUUCGCGCCCGGAACAGCGCAAUGCGCGGAGGGUCCAAAGGCCGGGGUCCAAAUCGCAUACCAUCGCGCCACGCCAGUGCCCCCUUCUCCCGCCCACCCGCGCACACCGUCUUUACUCUUCAAAUAGGUUGUUAGGGUCCCUUCCUUACACACCGCUGAACGCUCGCCUUGGUGCUUGCUCCGUAGCAAGCUCGGGCUUCAAACAGCGCGAAGCAAUAUGUGCAGGCCUACCGAUUCCGACUCGGGGCCAGCCCUGCCCAGUAUCCCGCACCAGUAUUGGAUCAUCCAUGGUGCAACUUACGACCUGGCCAGCUAUAUCAAGUCGCACCCAGGCGGCGACGAGGCCAUCCUGCUAGGACGGGGCCGCGACUGCACUGAGCUCUUCGAGCAGUACCAUGUGCUUAACAACAAGCACUUGCGUGUGCUGGAGCGGUUCCGCGUCACUCUGCCGGCGGCUAAGGUGGCGACCAACAACCUGAAGGAGGACAUGGUGUCGACCAUCAGCGCGUUCGAGGGCGAGGAGGCGGACGCAGCGGCCGUGGUGGGCAUCCAGCAGCCUGCUGCACCCGCCCGCGUUGCGCACCAGUCGGAUCCCUUUUACGAGGACAUCAAGGCAAUGGUUCGCGCUCACGGCAACACCAAAAUGUCCGCUCCGUUUGUGAUCCUCCACUGCCUGCACGUCGUCGGCCUCAUCUGGUCUAUGAAGCUGUGGUGGCAGGGUGCCUUCAUCUCGGCAUUCAUCCUGCCCUAUUUCCUCUGGGUGCUUUGUGCGGCCAUGGUGCAUGAUGGCGGGCACUUCGCACACAGCAAGCGGCCACUCGUCAACAAGCUGCUGACGCACACGGGUGCCCUCUUCACCAACAGCGUGGGCUGCUGGUACCUGCAGCACAACAUCCUGCACCACUCCUACACCAACCUGGUCGGCAAGGACGGCGACCUGGACUCGCACCACCCCUACAUGCGCAUCCACCCGGAGCAGUCCAUGCUCCCCGCCAACAUCCACCACGCCGUCCGCUUCUUCAGCCACCUCAUCAUGUACAACUUCGCGCACAUCGGCCUGACCAUGAUCUCGCCCCUUAGCUACUUCCGCGGCGUGGCCGCGCAGAAGAAGGGCACCGCCGACGCCAAGCAGGCGCAGGACGCGCAGACGGUGGCGCAGUACCACAGCACCGUGAUGCUGCAGUUGGUGACGGUGGGGGCGUUCUACAUCACGCCCUUCCUGCGCUUCGACUUCAGCCGCGCGCUGCUGCUGACGCUGCUGCCCACCUUCAUGAUGAGCGUGGCCUUCAUGGUGAUUGCCCAGGUGUCCCACAUUCAGAUGGACGCGGAGGCGCCCUCCGCCGACCUGGAGAAGCUGCACUGGGCCCGCCGCAUGGCGCUCACGUCCGUGGACUACUCGCAGGAGUCGACGCUGUGGGCCUACCUGACCAUCGGGCUCAACAUGCAGUCGCUGCACCACAUCGUGCCGGGCGUGUCGUACAGCCAACUUCCGCGCCUGUACCCUGCCUACCGCGCCAUCUGCGAGAAGCACGGCAUCAAGCUGCUGGAGCGCCGCAACCUGGCGCACGCCUUCUGGACGCACCUGCAGACGCUGUGGGUGCUGUCCAAGACGCACAGCUUUGUGGAGGUGGCGCGCAAGCUGGCGUAAAGGAGGAGAGGUGCAGGCGCGGCGGCUGGGGCGCAAGCGCUGGCGUGCGGAGGAGCGUGCAAACUGCAAAGCAGCGCUUCUUCUCGCGGCCGUUGCACUUGUGUAGAUGCCCUGGCGAGAGCGGUGGCUGAUUUGAUUGCAUCUGGCGCAAGCAGCUUGGUCACGGCGACGGCCUUGGGGUGUGAAGUAUGGGGCGUCAGUCAGUGGGCCGCGGGUGUGGCACCUGCUCGCAGCAGUAAUAUCUUGGAUUUGUGGCCUUGUGGCCAUGCACUCCAUACAACGGUGAUACGGUAGCGGCGGCUCCGGGCUUGCGAAAAGACAUCAUCUCGAGCGCGGUCCCGAGGGAGCACCGCGUCUCCUGCACGGCACCUCCUGCCGUGCGAGGGAGCGAGUAUCUGUAAAUGCAAGCUGGUGCGUUUACGUGCGUGUGGUGUGUGGUUGGUUAUGGGCGUUGAGCUGGACCGGACCCCCGGCGCAGUGCGCGACGGGUGGGCACGGGUGUGGCGCAUCCGUGGCUGUGUGCGUUGCUGCGUUUACAUCUCUGCGUGCGUGCACAGAGGUGAGUUCAAUGAUUUGUGCCAGUCUUGAUGUCGGUGGCGGUAACAACAACAAUAAGUUUGCAUGGUGUUUGUGGAAGUCUACGUGGCUGGUCGAGUGGGCGGCCUGCGAGUGCGAACGGAGGCCCCCGCAUUACAAAGAAGAAGAAUCACGCAAUGCACAGAGUCUUGAGCUGAGGAUGUGCUGUACACGGGUGUUUAGUUUGGGUGUAGUUCUCUCUCGUUGUUGUGGUAGUGUGUGGUGCGAAGGUGUGUGUCUGUGCUGAGUAAGCCGCCCCCUCGACGCAGUGUGUGGAGAUCGUGGUUUGGUGUUGUACCCGAGCGGGAGGCAGGCCCGGGCCUGGCCUGCUGAGCGUGGCCGGCUGUGAGGAAGCGUGUGUGCCCGGCCGGCUUUGUUGUUGUGACAGCGAUUGGCGGCGACCGGGCGUGGUCCCGGGGGAAGAGGAGAGGAGCAGAGGCAGGAGUAGACAAGAGCCCAAGGCGCGAAUGGGUGGGCGGCGGCAGAGGAGCGUGACUGGUGCACGCAAACACAUAGGAUUCAUUUGGGUCCGGGGUGCGCUGAUGAGCGGAGGGGGGUUGCUCGGGGAGGCCAGCAGAAGGUGCGCCCUCGGCCCAGGGCGAUCUGCGUGACACUUGAAUUGCACGAUUAGGGUCUUGCAUUAGGCGCAUGAAUGUACGGGCUAGGAUGUAUUUGUGAGUCAUGCGAGGCGUAGCGAGUAGCGCGUUGAAGGUAGGUGAUCGCGGUGUAGGUCCAUUUCUUUUACCACAGCGUCGAGGUUCGGGCACCGGCAGAUGCCGUGAUGACGGCAGAUGCCGUGAUGAUGGCGCGACGGCGAACACAAACUCAAUACCCGUGUGGAGGUGUGGGAGCGGACGCGAUGGCGCCGAGUGGGGAGUGCGGGCACUGGCAGGCGGCACACGGAUGCUGCUGCGUGCACGAGGCGGGAUGGCGCGGAGGGCUGGCCGCUGGCCGCCUACGGUGUGGUACCAACAGGUCUGCCCCGGCAGGUGCUGGGCCGGCUCGGAGGAGAUUGCGUUUACGGUAGUUAUCUGGACUGUAAAGGACUGAUCGC